AUGGAGCAGCCCCAAAACCUGCGGGUAGUCGAAACCUUAGCUUGGAAACUACGGCGACGGCAGCUUGUGGGCUCGCGGGCCACAGCUCUCGAGACUCUUGUUGUUCUCCGUCAAGUUAUUUCAAAAUCUCGCUUUUCAAAUAUCGAGCAGUUAGUGAGCAUUAUUCGAGGAGUUGGACGGAGAUUAGUCGAGGCACAACCGAAAGAGCACUCUGUGGGCAACACUGUGCGGAAGGUGCUUCACCAUAUACGAGAAGAGUAUCAUACUGCGACUGGAGGGUCUACAACGACUACUUCACCCGGAUUCUCAAUAUCCAAGUUCGUGAUGCUCGGCCAGCCGAGAAAGCAGACAGCAUUGCCGAAGACAGAGAGCAAAAACACGAUCAAGGAGAACGAUCCAGAUGAUCCGGACGCGUUUGCGAGGAGUUUGAAGCCUGUGCUAAUGGAGGCCAUCCAAGAUGUGUUCGAUGAGUUGGAGACGGUCUACGAUAAUGUGGGCAAGAACGCACAAAACCACAUCCAUUCAGAUGAGAUCAUAAUGACGCUUGGCAUGUCAAAAACAGUCGAAUCCUUCUUAAUAUCUGCGGCGCAUCACCGAAACUACACAGUGAUGGUUCUGGAGACAGCGCCAACAUACGGUGGUCGUGAAAUGUCCCAGGCAUUAUCGGCGGCUGGCAUUUCGACGUUUUUAGUGCCCGACUCCUCGAUAUAUGGUCUCAUGUCCCGUGUUAACAAAGUUAUACUUGGGACCCAUGCUAUCCUGGCCAAUGGCGGUAUGUUUGCCAUCGCGGGGUCCUUAUUGGCAGCAACAGCGGCCCACGUGCACAGCACGCCUGUGGUCGUCUGCGCUGGUCAAUUCAAACUGACGCCUUCAUGGAAUCUAUACCAUGAAUAUGGGGCACUGGACUUCGGCGAUCCAAGCCAAGUCUUGGGAUUCGAGGAGGGUGCAUUGGUCGACAAGGUGGACGUGGUCAACCCAUUCUACGACUACGUUCCACCAAAUUUGGUCGACGCGUACAUCACAAACGACGGUGACCAUCCGCCAACAUCAAUAUAUCGAUUGAUCAAGGAGACAUACGAUGACGAGGACAACGAGCUAUAG